AUGGAUCCGCCGCCGACCUCGACGGCGCUCCGCAUAAAACGCCCGAAGAAGGUCAUUGACGAAGAUACCUACACGGAUGCGCUUUCCAAGAUUAUCGCCCGCGACUUCUUCCCCGGUCUUCAAGAGACCGAAGCUCAGCACGAGUACCUCGAUGCCCUCGAAUCGAAGAACACAUCAUGGAUCAUCAACGCUGAUCAACGCCUACGCGAGGCCUUGACCCCUGCGAGGCGUGCAACCCCGCACCGUCGACGGCCGCCGGUGCCGGACGUCAAUACCAACGUCACUCUCGGCAAAUUCCAGUCGACGUACACCAGCGAGGACAACGAGAGUUUUUACAAGCUUUUGGACAAGCAGAAUCAGAAGCAAGCGGAUAAAAACGGUUGGAUCUGGAACGAGAAUAAGCUCCCAUCGAAGCAGAUGCUCAAGCAGCGCGAGAUCAACGACAGGCUUUUGACCGAAGGCAAGGAAGAGAUUCGGAACUCGGAUAACAGACCGGCACGUCCGGACAGCUGGAAAUUGGAACCCAGAAAUUCUCUCAUGUUCAUCCCUGAGGGUGUGGACGAUAACUAUCAGACCCCGACAGCGAGAGCCGAGGCCGCAUCGGCGAAACGGCUCGUUUACGAAAAUACCAGGGCGCCUCAUCCCAUCAUCCCCGCGAGGCCAAGCUCCCCUACUCUUUCCGCCAUCCGAGAUGCCGUCCACGGAGAAGUGAGGGAGGUGUUUAAAACGGACAGCAUCCUUACGGGCGGGAACGAAACGCCUCGGGUCAACGGCUACACAUUCGUGGACGACGAGGACGAGCCGGCCGUGCCCGAGGUGUCUAUACCGGUGAUAGACCUCGGGCCGGGCGAUGCAACGCCGAACCCUUUCAAGAUUCAGGACAAGAGGAAACGGGAGGCGCUGCACCACAAGAUGGUGGAGCGCAUCUCCCAAUCGAGACGCGAAGCCUCGCGGAACGGUUUCACGGGCAAGGCGGAAAGAACCCCGGUUCCAAAGUUCCCCUCUAGUCCCCGAGUUUCAGGCGGGCUAACUCCCGCUGCUCAGAGGCUUCUAAGUCGCGUCGGCAGCAAGACACCCAAGGGUGCCUCAAGCCCCUUUGGCUCAAGCACUCCCUUGAAAAAGAGCUCUCACUUGAGGUCCUCGACCAAGCCUACCUAA